AUGUCAGAGGAUGAAAAGGACGACACGGACCGCGACGGACCAUGCCUGCCAAGUUGCCCAGGUUGUUGUCCUUCAACGAAGGUAGCCAAAAAGUAUGCCAUAACUGCACUAACUGCGAUCUGGGGACUGUUUACAAAUAUUGAACGUGCCAUCAUUCUUCCCACAAUGUGGCUUUACUUUAUCACAUACUGGUGUGAGGACACAGCAAAAAAAUUCUAUGGUGCUACAAUGGCUGCCUUUAGUCUCUCCGUGCUUCUGUUUACACCACUCUACGGUUAUGCAGCCCACCGUGGAGUACAGACAAGGUAUUUGAUCAUAUUUGCGAAUGUGAUAGAAAUUCUGGGUAACCUGGCCUACCUGAUUGCCCAACAACCUUGGGUGGUUUUGGUGGGAAGAUUCAUAUCGGGGAUUGGCGGAAGCUGCGACACACCAAUGUACGCCGACCUGGCCAGAACCACCACGGUUAAAGAGAGGACGCCCUACGUGGCUGUUACCUAUGUGUUUAAACAGAUCGGUCUAGUGUUUGGUCCAGCAUGCACACUUCUGAUGCACAAACUCCACUGGACGAUGGGAGAUUUUACACUCAGCGUCUACAACGGUCCCGGACUGUUAAUGGCUUGUCUCUGGUGUCUUCACACCAUACUGAUCAUUUUAUUUUAUCCCAUUGUGAAGAAACUUCCACACCUAGGCUCUGAUGUGAAUCCUGAAAAACAAGAACUGGUUCCUAAUGACACGACAAAGGUGCGCAAGCAGAAAGGAUGCUGUGAAGAUGAGUGCGCUAAACUGAAAGUUUAUCGAACUUACCCUGUUCUCUCAAUGUUUGUUAUGGUAUUUUCGGCCUACUUUUGCGUGAUGAGUUUGGAAACAGUGCUUUCACCCGUGGUCAAUCAUUAUUUCAACUGGGAUGAGGUGAAGGUCAGCUAUGUAUAUCUCGCUGCCAAAGUCAUCGGGAUCGCCCUCAUCAUGACAGGCAUCUUUAUUCAUGUGAUUGGUAUGCCAUUGGCACUGGCCGUUACGGAAUCCCUUUACACAAAGAAAGUGCCCAGGGAUGAUCUGGAUCGCGCGCUCUCCUACCUUCGGUGCGUGUCCAAUCUUGGCUACUUAUUAGGACCGCUGGAAGGUGGCGUUUUUGUUGCAUAUGCUUACCUUGUCUUCCUUGGAAACUUUAUCUUGUGUGUUAUUAGUUUGGGUCUCAUUGCGGGUCGCUUUUAUGAAUUCAAGAUUGAUGAAGACGCAGCAAAGUACGAAAAAAUUGUAGAUCAAACUUUGCUGCCCGAAGACAAAAAGUACGGACUCCAAUGA